AUGGAAAAGGUCUUGGUGAUUGGCGCCGGCCUAGGCACCAACGCUGGAUUGGGCUUGGAGGUGCCCUUGGCUCAUGGGAAGUUCUUGACCAAUGGCCUCGGCGGCACGGUGCCGGUCUCCAAGGAGGCACGCGCCCAGCGGGCCAAAGCUGCCAACUUCCCGGGCUUCAUGGGAGAGGAGUUUGGGUACUUGUGGGAGCGUGAGGACGGCUAUUUAGGGAACGCUGGCUUCAUCUAUGGGGUGCUCCUCACAGAUCCGGACCUACAGGUGGACAUGCUGCAGCACCCGGUGUCACAGGCAGAUCGCCAGACCGUCCGUGCCAACCACCCAGAGAUGGCCGAUGCACUGGACCUGGAAGCAGCGGCCCUGAAAGCGGGUGUCAGCCAGAGCUAUGCGGCCUCGAUUGCUGGCUUGGUGAAUGGCGGCCAGUACCAGGUGAUCUUGUGUGCCUCCAAAGGCAUUGGCCAGCUGCUGCUGGCCUUGCCGUCCUUCGCCUUCCCGUUGCCCUUGGUGCUCCUCAAUGGUGCAGAGCCACCAGCGCCCAUGGACGUGGGGAAGACUCCGGGCUUCGGCCCCGACUUCGCGGAGCUGGGCCGACAAUGCGUGGGCCAUCCCAAGGUCCCCCGCUUGGUGCUCACCAGCCACGGCUCGGAGGCGUCCGGAGCUGUGCGCCGGGCGGCCAUGAGCUCGGCACAGGAGGCAUCGCAGCAGAGUCUUGUGCUUUGCUCCUCAUUGGAUCACCGCUGCGUACCAAAUCGGGAGAACCACUCGUUGCCCUGGUCUUUGACAUUUCCGGAGUGCUGGCAGACAGGUUUUGGCAAGCCUCCCCGCUUGGUGACACCUGCUGGCGCCACUUGCCUUCCACCAAGCGAGACCCCCACGCCGCUACUGGUGCUGCUGCACUGGGCGGCUGCUGGCUGCGACCAGCUCUUGGAGUCGAUCCCAAGCUUCCCGGGGCCUGUUCGCUUUGCGCAGCUGCUGCUGGAGCAGAUGGAUCUCACUCCAGGCAGCCGCUUCCGUGCUGUAACCCUCAAGAGAUCUCAAUCCUCUCAGCGCGACAUGUGUCCACCAAGAUUGGAUGAGAACGUUUAUGAUAUCCUCUUUGACGCACAGGCUCAUCAGAUGCAAGUGGUUCUGAAACAUGUGAAGACCGGAGAUCAGACGCCAAUCUCUAAGAUCUUGGCUGCCGAAGGCCAGUACGCGACUCGGCGGAUUCGCUUCUUCCGAUACUACCAGGAGAGGUCGUCACAGCUCAACUCUUUGGAGGGAGCUGAGGAAGGGGAUCCGCGUAUCCAGUGGGCACAGCACAUGAUCCACGAGCUAUUAGCGAUGAAUAAAAACUUGGGGAAUUUCCUGUGGACCGGCUUUAUGACACCUGCAACUGCACAACCGCGCUUUGGCAGCGACUUGCUGGAGCUCAUCCUGGAGGUGGAGUUGGCACGUUUGGGUGGCGCAUAUCGGGGCUACAGCCGAGGGCACUUGGACGCUGAGCACCGCCUGCAGGGGCAAUAUUCUUUGCUGGGCAACUCCUUGGAUGCCUUCCUGGCGCGGCGUGCAGAGGAGCUUCGAGAGCAGCGCUUGCUUGAGUUCAAUAUGACCAACAGGGAUGAGAGAGAGCUGCAGCAAUUCCUAGAGGGUGAAGCGGAGUACUUCAAGAGCCACUCAGUCAAGGAGCUGGAUGGGUACGUCAGGAGGGAGCUCACUAUUGAUCACAACAUCCCAUGGGAAGAGGUCCAGCAGAAGAUCCAGGAGUCCUUGCAUGACUUGGGUACAGAAGAUCACUUCCGAAAUGCUGGGAGCUUCGGCCACAGCAGCAAUUUCAGGUUCUUUGUGGAUGGGAAAGUCUGGCUCUCAGCUGGGUGUGAGGAAGCGGACUUUGCUUUUAUCCAAGACUUUGUCACCGAGAAUCUGAGGCAACGGAGCAGAAAGCUGUCCUUUAUCGCCACCCAUGUGGAUCUUGAGAAUGGCAGGUAUCAAGAGCUGCCGAAGGACCUCAUCCCGCCGCAAUUCUUUGAGAGGAAUGGCUACCAGGUGCUGGCAUACCGCAAGCUCGGUGAUGCACAGCGUGCGUUUUUGGGACAGAACGCUUGGGAGCGCUUUCACAACGUGGACGAAAGCGACCAAACCACAGAGAUCUGGGUGCCUGGCUUUGGGCUUGCAGAGCCCAAGUCCAAGAUUUUUGGGCAUUUCAAGGAGCUACCUUUGGGCGAAAUUGGCCGAGGUGGCACCACUGCGCAGCUCUAUCUCUAUGACACAAAACUCCGCGCGCGAUCCACACCUGGAGAAGUGGCCCUGUGGACAGCCGUGCAGGUGAAUCAAGCAUCCUGGUGGGAACCGCAGCUUUACAUGAUCACACCGGAUCUUCAGUCUGGAGAUGAGUCGCUGAUUUUUUCCUCGCAGGAGGAGUUCUUUCAACUUUUGUUACGAACGAUCUUUGAGCAAGAGCUCUUGAGCGCUCGGAACUUGUGGUUGACUGGCAUCAAGAAGGACGGUGUGCGCAAGGCCUCCCGGAGCUUCCCACAGAUGGGCGGGCGAGAGGGGGAGCUGGAAGAACUGAUGGGCGCAUUGGCCAAGGCCAACGUGGUCUUGCAAGAGAAGCAGGCCGGGAAUCGCUUUAGCAUGCGGCCCACCAACGCCAAGCGCGUGUGGAGCACAGGACAUUUCUCCGUUGAGUGCCGUGAGGAUCUUUGCCGCUUGGCCCCUGGUGGAAGUGAAUGGACCCUCGCAAUGGACACUGGAGUAAGAGCUGCAAUUCCAAGAAGACGUCUAUGUCGAAACCGAACUGGACAAGUGGAGAACAGUAAACAAGUUUCGCCCGGGCCCAGGCCCGCUAUUGCUGCCGUUUCAGAUCCUUGCUUAACCCUUCUGAGGUUUGCCUGA